AUGGACGAGCCAGUUGUUUAUGACUGGUAUGUAUUCCUGAACGAUGCCGUAACCCUGACCGGGUCGUCUGAGUAUGCUGUCCCUGGGACUGAGUUUACACUGACGUGUGAUGUACCAGAGGAGGCCAAUGUUGUCCAGUUUUACCGCCGUCCUGACGUCACUGCUCCAGUGGGUGCUAUACAAAUAGCUGGUGACCAAUGUUAUAACACCCAAGUCAACCCCGCCGUCCCCUGUACACCGGAUGUCUGUUCCUGUGUAACGUCUGGAGUAACCAUUGGUACAGUGUUCCGAUGGAUCAUACAGCCACAGACGGGAGACCGUGGAUCUAUGUGGUUCUGUAGACGUAUCAACCUUAACCUACCUGACCAGACACUGGAAAGUGAUGACUAUACACUUAAUGUGGCAGACGGUCCUGGUACCUCCAUAGCUCUGUCUCCGUCGGACACUACCUACACCAGGACAGAGGGUGACACGUUACCGGACAUCACCUGUACAGCGGACUGUAGACCUGGCUGUACCUUUGUCUGGACACGACCUGACAACACCAACUUUACUGUCUCAUCUGUGUUGUCACUGGGACAACUAGACAGAUCAGAACAUGGGACGUACAGGUGUACUGCUAGGAAUGUUGUCGGGGAGUCUUCUGUAUUGACCAGUGUCACUGUACAGUAUAGACCCUCCGUCGUCAGACCGACUCCACCAAAUUUGACCUACACUCUUACAGAGGGGCAGACUAUCCCCACCAUCACAUGUUCUGCUGACUGUAACCCGGUAUGUACCUACAGCUGGACAAAGGAUGGACAGACCUAUACAACAGGAUCAGGUAUCCAACUCACUAGCAUACAGCGUGCUCAGGGGGCGUGUACAAGUGCACGGCCAGUAAUGAGUACGGGAGUGACGUCAGCGUCAAUGUAA